CUCGGUAGUGCCGCUGCCGCCCCUGCGAGCCCACAGUGCCGCCUAGGGACCGGAGGCCGUCUGUCAGCGGCAGGCGAGUGCAGGGAACCUGAGCUGCGUCUCCCCUGCUCCGCACCAAGCGGGGGUUGGGAGUCGUUUGAGGCGCGAGCUUCCUGUGCUUACUUACAAGCUUAAUCCGCUGCGGGGUCCGUGGGCGGCCACGUACUGUGGCGUGCACCGCCUCAAGCAUGCUUGGCCGCCCUCCUGGCCACCCUGGACUUGGGUGCCAGUGCUUGCCUGCACGUUGAUUGUCACUUCUUGAAAGCCACCGCCACUAUCAAGAUAAUCUAAACAUAUGCCUGCAGCUUAACUACAGAAAGUGAGGAAGAAAUAAAAGAUUCCCAAGAUGAAGAUUCUCCGGAAGGGGCUUUGAGUUAAAGAAGGCUUUUUAUACUUGAAAGGUGUUGUCAUCUAAUGAAGAACACUGAAACAGCAGAUUGACCUUGGAACAGCUAGAUUAGAGGUUUAGAAAAGAAAGUUAAAAUUAGUCACUUUGGUUUUUAGUGUUCCAACUUCAUAAUAUUUAUUCUUUAUUCUAAAUAGAUUUAGGGAGUAGAAGUUAAAAUUCAGUGCUAUACCAAAGGAAGCACUUAUAUUUGUUCUGUUUUUUUUUCUUUUUGUAUGAGAGAAGAAGGUAGAUAACCAAGAGAUAUAGUGAUUUAUAAUGAAAUAUACUAAGUUGAAUUUUGUGAUGUCAGUUCUUGGCAUUAUAAUCUAUAUAGCUGAUUUAAUUGUGGACAUCUGGGUGACUGUCAGGUUUUUCCACGAAGGACAAUAUGUUUUUGGUAUUUUAACAGUAGGCUUUAUGCUCUUUGGAACACUUGUGGUACAGUGUUUUAGUUAUUCUUGGUUCAAGGCUGAUUUAAAGGAAGCAGGCCAAGAAAUCCAGCAUUGUUUUCUUCUACUUCAUUGCUUGCAAGGAGGAGUUUUUACACGGUAUUGGUUUGCCUUGAAGAAGGGUUAUCAUGUGGCUUUCAAAUAUAGCAGCAAAACUGAUAACUUCGUGGAAGAACAAAUUGAUCCUCAUAAAGAAAUUAUAGAUAGAGUGACAGAUUUGAGCAUGCUAAGGCUCUUUGAGACCUACCUGGAAGGCUGCCCACAACUUGCUCUUCAGCUCUACAUUCUUCUGGAACAUGAGCAAGCAAAUUUCUCUCAGUGGUGAUCACAUAACAAGGAGAAGAGAGAAAGGUCAACGGAAAGACGAAGACUAAGAGGAAACUAGGGGAACAGAAGAAGUACUGGCUGCGAGUGGGUUUCCAUUUUGAUCCCUGAGGGACAAUCCAUGGAACUUUGUAUGCUUUUGGAGUGAGGUCGGUUGCUAGAGACGAGAUGUGCUAUGUAGAAUGUUUAGGAGACUUUCCUGAGAGAUUCUUUGAGAUGCAUAUUUGCCGGCUGGAGAAGACAUCAGUCUUUUGUAACGUUGGCUUGAUUUUGGAAGUUUGAUAUGAAAGAAAGACCUGAAGAUAUGCAAAGGAUAAACUCAGACCAGUACCAUAUGGGCUAAAUUCUGACCAAUGAGCCAUGGACUGAAUUAAAAGGGGAGAGCUGCACUGCCUUUUCUCCCUUUGGGAUUUGACCGUGAGAUGAGGCUGAGGAACAAGAUGGCCAUCUACUUAUUGUCUUUUGAUACAGCAAGAAGGCAGCUGUCUGCAAACCAUGAAGAAGGCUCUUACCGGGAGCAGAAUCUGCUGAUACCUUGAUCUUGGAUUUCCAGCCUCCAAAAUGAGAAUUGAAGACAAAGAUACAAGGACAAAUCUGUUCAUUUGAAAAAUACUUGGAGUGCGAUAAAAGUCAUGUCACAGCUAGAAUGUCUCUUCACGCAUUCUCCUGGGAAGACAUUAAAGAAUGUACAAGCUGUGGAAAUAGGCUGGAUUUCUUCAUUUCAGAUGUAAAAUGAAGAUAUGAGGAACCCCAACUGUUGGCAGUGUCUGCUCCUGGCCUCCAAACAUUGACAUCAUCCUGGCUCUGUGAUCCAGAAGCACCCCAAGCAGCUGAUCCACCUUCUGACUUAGGGUCAGGAGGUAAACAGUAGCCUAAUGCUAUGUCACAGUGACUACAUCAUUCACCUCAUUUCACCUCAUCACGUUGGCAUUUUUUCCAUAGCACAUGAUCACAAGAAGAAGGAAUGAAAAUAUUUAUACCUGGCAUGCCUGCUUGAAUGAAAUUACUCAUCAUGUAAAAGUAGAGGUAAUUAGCAUGUAACUGCACCCGGCAGAAGGGAAAUAACCCUGAACAAGACAGCUUGACUCCUGUCACGGUGGAGCCUACAGUCUCUUGGAAGAGAUGAUGGAUGUAAAACUACUUUGUCAGUUGCAAAGAGGUUCUAAGAAGGAAGCAGUAGAAGAGUUGUUGGCUGCAUGGUGAUAGAAUCGGAUACUGAAGGAUUUCUGGAUAAUCUCUGAGUGCUGAGGCUGUCCUGCCACUCUGAGAGGCAGGGAGUAGGUGGCUAUUUCUAAAGCUGCCACAGAAGAUGUCCCAGCUUGAAUGCACAACCGUUGUGAAACUUGAUCCAAGUUCUUCAUUUCCAAAAGGACAAUAUUGUGAGGAGUGGAGAACAAUGAAGGUGGACGCACUCCUCAGGGUGCCGGGCCCAUGACAACUGGUAGGAGAUGUUCUCCGAAUCUCAGUUCUGUCCCUGGCCUUUGCCCUGAGUGAAGCAGGGGAAGCUCUCCCACGGCUGCACCUGAGCAAGUCCUCCUUGGCAAGAAUGAAGUUGAAAACUUAUUUCAGUUGGGAAUAGAAAAAACACAAACAAUGAAGCGCAAUAAAACAAAACAAAAACUCGGUUAAGAAAUGACCCUGAGGCAAAGUCUUAAAUCUUAAAGGUCAACAGGUGAUGUCUCAUUUUCCCUGCUGACACUAAGAGUGAGAGCCCGGCCUCCAGUGUCUCUGAAGCUGCACUGCUGUUGACCAUGAUGGCUAUUGAAGUUGACUGUGGGCCUGAAGGAACAUAAAGAAGAUGGGCUACCUCUUAAACUCCUGGCUACCUCUGCUCCCCCUGCAGUCACAAGUUCUUUGUUUAUCUUUUCUUUUGGAACCCUGGGAAAAGUAUAUCAAAGUGACUGGAUUUGCCAAAAUUUGUGCACUUAGCAGCUGGCGCUGUGACAAAUGCCUGCAGAGAAGAGAAAAGAUUCCUGUGUUUCUGAGUGUUAUUUUCUCCCUUGAGAGGUUUCCAGAGACUUGAAAGGAGGGCCGUGCCGAGGAACUGAUUAAAUUUGCUCAUAUGAAAAUUGAAAGUCGGUGUGAACAACCCGCUCUCUCUGCCUCUGCUCCCGGCCCAGCAGCCCAGGUAACCAGGGCUCCUUAUCACAGAGACGAGGGCUGGAUGCCAGCGCAGCCCCCGUCCCCUAAUACCUGGCAAGCGGAGGGCUGUUCCCUGUGGUCUCCAUUGUUUAGUCUGGUUGAAUUUUAAAACAUGCUUCAGAAAGAGAGUGGUCCAGAUUUCCUUGAGGAGUUCUCUUCAUAGAUGAAAACUUGUUCGGCUAAUAAGUUGAAGAUUUCUUUUGCUUCAGCUCAUCCUAUUAUUUUGAGACAGUCUUGCCUCUUCUGUGCUUUGUGGUCUUAGGAAAUUAUUCAGUUCUCCAGUUUCUCCACAUCUGAAGAGGGGGAUUGUAUCAUUAUUAAAAUACUGUUUGGAGACGACGGGAAAGAGCUGGGGCCACAGCAAGUGUUUAAACCAUCCGCUCCAGGACUAGUUCCAUGUGGCCUCAAUAUUACUUCAGAAAACUCGAGGUUUUCAGAAUCUGAAGAAAGCCCUGGCGAAUCUUGCGGUUGGCUUGCUCUGUUGUGGAGAUGCUGUGCUCAGGACCGCGAGGAGAAUCUGGGCGCUGAGCCUGGUGGGACCUUCUGACAUGAAGCCUUGACCGAACUGAGAAGCUCCUCGGUAUUGGAGAUGGAACAUUUCCUCCUCUCAACUUAUGGGGAGGAUGGCGAGGGAGCUCACAGCUGGGCUUUUGCACACACGCGCACCUCAUUUGUCUUCCUUUAAUAAGGCAGAAGAGGAGAAGCCACAGAAGAGCAGAAGGCCAGUGGAGACAGAGGCAGAGAUUUCAGUGAUGCAGCCACAAGCCAAGGAAGGGAUGCCUGGACCCACCAGAAGCUGGAAGAGGCGAGAAGGAUUCUCCCCGAUGCCUUCAGAGGGAGCAGGGCCCUGCUAACACCGAUUUCAGACUUCUGGCCUCCAGAACUGUGAGAGAAUAAAUUUCUGUUGUUUUAAGCCUCCUAGCUAACUCGUGGUGAGUUGUUGUGGCAA